GUAUCGCCGCACACCAAAGCGCGACCUGCCUCUCUUCGACGGAACACCUGUGCCUCUGCACCAUAAACGGUGCUCGCCGAACUCGUCCCUCCCAUCGCUGCGCGCCCCACGUCCGACGCCACCGCAUUGUGCGGCACCAACCUCACCUCUCCGCUAUGCCGCCAUGUGGGUCGCACUGGCGUGUUAUGCGCUCCGCGGUGAACCAAUGGCUAGGCUCCGUGACGGCAGUUUCGGCAGGAUCUUGACUGGCAAGCAUCGUGGCAGCAUGGAUCGGCGCGUUUAUCACUCGAGGCAUGGACAACUCGGACCGAACGCGAGGCCGUGAUGACAGUCGGGCGGCUUGAGAGUUGGGACGGUGCGUAUGCAUGCACAACAUUCAGUCAAAUUCACUCGAUUGCGUUCUAAACAGGCUCCGUCAUCGCGCACGUUGCUCCCAGGGCGUGCAGGAACGCUCUACUUACCAGCACGACGCGCUGCUCCGAGUCGUCGGCGGGCGCAACGGCGCAAUAUGGUGUCGUCUCGACCUCAUCUCCGUACACCGGCCAACUGCUACUCGGUCUCCGUGCGUUCUCGCCACAGCCCUGGCAGAACCUCAGGCUCCCUAGAUAUCAGGCCCGAGGCUCCGACCGCGAGUCGCGACUCCGUCCAAUCCCAAAUUCCCAGCCUCGCAACCGACGUCCAUCUACGAGCGAACUCCAUCCAGCCAGGCAACCUGGGUCCCACCGAACGUCACCGAACCUCUGCCUCGCACUGUCCGGUCCGCACGUGGGGCUUCGCGUCACGCAUCCGCACCGCUGGGCCUCCCGGAAGGGCUACGUCUCGGACCCGCUUGCUCUGCGAGGGCAACCUGGGUCCGGUACGCGGGCGCACGCACAGGAACGGUAAACUCCCUGGGAGAUUCCUCUGGAUCUGCGCCUCCCUGGGGGGAAUUGGCAUUCGGGACUCGGGACUCGGGGGUUGUUGCUGCUGGCUCUGGCGGGCGAAUCGAUCAACGGCUAUCAGAGUUUGGACGCCCGGGAGGUGUAGUCUCUUAUUGCGCCCACUGGUGGAGGAAGAUGGGGAUCCUCGUCAGGAUGCUCGCUCUCAGGCUUCAUAUUGACGUGUCCUUGGUCGUUGGGCUCUGCGAGGCUUCUUGGCCCACUCGGGGCCGCUGCAGAUUGACCUGCUCUGGCGAGAGUGCGAUUUCUCUUUGAUCAUGCAAAUUUGUUGAUGGAGUAGCGUGGUCAUUUCAGCACCGGUCAUUGUUGCGAUAUUGGAGAGGUAUUCCUUCCGGGACAUGACCACUUGCAACACCAUGGUGUGGACUUGCACCCACCAGUCGGGCACCGUCCAGUAUAUCUUUGAAGAUGAUGGCACUCCGGGGGACGAUGUCACGAUGGAGGGUGGCGGACGGUCCGCAAAUCAAGACUUGCGGGCCUCCUUCCGAGCCUUAUGAGGACGGUUCAUAGAUCGCUGAGUACUUAUCUAUACCUUACGUCCGGCCUUGAUUGAAUGCCAUGGAUUUAGCCCUUUCACUGCCACACAUUCAGCAGAUGUUGA